AUGACUGGAGGCCAGAUCUUUCACGAGAUGAUGUUGAAACAUGGCGUCAAGCAUAUUUUUGGCUAUCCAGGAGGCGCGAUCUUGCCCGUGUUUGACGCUCUUCACGAAUCCCCCGUCAUAGACUUUGCCUUGGUCAAACACGAGCAAGGUGCAGGCCACACGUGCGGUAAACCUGGAAUCGUAGUGGUCACAUCUGGCCCUGGAGCCACGAACCUCAUCACACCCCUCCAAGACGCCCUCAUGGACGGCACGCCAAUGAUCGCCUUCUGCGGUCAGGUACCGACGUCAGAUCUUGGAAAGGACUCGUUUCAGGAGGCAGACGUCAUGGGACUCGCCAGAGCGUGCACGAAAUGGUGUGUGCAGCCUCAGACCGUCGAUGAGCUACCACGCUGCAUCGACGAAGCAUUCCAGGUUGCCACGACAGGAAGACCAGGCCCUGUGCUUGUUGAUCUUCCCAAGAAUGUCACAGCCUCCGUCCUCGAGAAGUCUAUACCCCUGUUACGCCAAAGUAGGAAACGAAAGCCCCUGGAGUCUCUGCUUGAGCGGCAUGCACUCACGGAUAGCUUGAAUCGUGCCGCAUAUCUACUCAACCAAUCCCAAAAGCCAGUGAUAUAUGCAGGCCAGGGCAUACUCUCCCAUCCCGACGGACCUUUACUCCUCAACCGCCUCUCCCAAAUCGCACAGAUCCCAGUCACCACAACGCUACUAGGUCUAGGUGCAUACGACGAGGAAGAUCCUAAGGCUCUGCACAUGCUAGGCAUGCACGGCUCAUGCUACGCCAACAUGGCUAUGCAGGAGGCCGAUCUAAUACUGGCACUCGGCGCCCGCUUUGACGAUCGCAUCACGCGAAAGCUGUCCGGCUUCGCUCCAAACGCACACAAGGCUGCAGCCGAGGGCCGUGGAGGCAUUGUCCAUUUCGAGAUCUGGGAACAUAACAUGAACAAGAUUGUAGAGGCCACUGAGUUGAUUCGAGGCGAUGUAGUUCAAAAUCUUUCUGAAUUUGUAAAGCUUGUGGAUGAGGUGCCGAGGGAGGCCAGAGCUGAAUGGUUGCAACAGAUCGAUGGGUGGAAAGCCAAGUAUCCUUGGGCAUAUGAAAAGGAGGGCGCGAGCGGAAUCGUUAAGCCACAGACUGUCAUCUCGGUGCUCGAUGAUUUGACGUCGGAUGUCAAACACGAGACGGUCAUUGCAACUGGUGUUGGUGCUCACCAGAUGUUUGCGGCUCAGCACUACCGAUGGCGGCAUCCCCGUUCGAUGAUUACCUCUGGUGGGCUAGGAACGAUGGGUUUCGGCCUGCCUGCUGCCAUCGGCGCCAAGGUCGCCCGACCUGAAGCUCUGGUGAUUGAUGUAGAUGGAGAUUCCAGCUUCGCCAUGACCAUGACAGAACUCACCACGGCCAAGUGCCAUGGCAUUGGUGUCAAGGUUUUGAUUCUCAAUAACGACGAGCAAGGCAUGGUUACACAUUCGCAGCAAAUGUUUUUCAACGAUCGCUACGCACACACGCACGGCGCCAACGCCGACUUCGUCAAGUUCGGCGAUGCCGUGGGAGUACAGGCUGAUAGAGUAGAGACGAUUGACGAGUUACGGGAGAAAUUGCAUUGGCUUCUUUUCGAGACUGGAGACGCCCCCGCGCUGUUGGAAGUGAAAGUCGAUCAGAAAGUUCCAAUCUUGCCCAUUGUAAUGCCUGGAACAGCGUUGCAUGAGUUUGUACCCUUUGACGAAGAACGAGAAAAGGCUCGGCGGAUACUGACGAGAGACAGAAGUGGGAGAUAA